UUUUAGCUAGUUUCCAAAAUCAUGUCUAUCUUAACAUGUUUCUUUCUUGCAUUAAUCCCUUAUGCAGCUUCAAUCACUUUUAAUUUCACAAAUAUUACUCCAAUAAAUUCCCAGGAGGACAUACGAUUCGAGGGUGAUGCAGCUUAUUCCUCUGUUGAUGGAAUCCAAGUGACCCAUGAAAGGAACAGUGAUCAUAAUUCGAGCUGGUUAGCAGGUCGAGCGACAUACGCCAAAGCUCUUCAUCUUUGGGACGACCACUUUAAUUUAGCAAGUUUCUCUACUAGCUUCACAUUUGUUAUCGAUUCAUACCCAAGCACUAAUUACUCUGAUGGUAUAACAUUUUUCCUUGCGCAGAAUAAUUCUGUGAUAAAUACCGCAGGAGCCAUUGGGCUUCCAUUCGAUUCACGUAUCAACACCAGUAGUCAUCCAUUUGUGGCUGUGGAGUUCGAUAGUUUUGGUAGUAAUGAGUAUGAUCCGAUUGAUCCAGAUACUAAAAACGUCAUAGGUGACCAUGUAGGUAUCAAUAUUAACUCUAUGACUUCUGUUGUGUAUAGGAAAUGGUAUAGCGAUAUAAUACAUGGGAAGGAGUGUAGAGCUAUGAUUAGUUAUUAUUCUGAUUCAAAGAAUCUUAGUGUUUCUUUCACCAAUUAUAUAAAUAAUUCACUUGUCUGGGAAUCUGGGCUCAAUUACACCAUUGAUCUUAGGGAUGUGUUGCCUCAAUGGGUCAUUUUUGGGUUUUCAGCUUCCACUGGAGUUUUUCCCGAGAAAAACAAUGUACGAUCUUGGAUGUUUAAUAGUUCUGAAUUUACGGUUGAUCAAAGCAGCAGCCUACCACCAACCAGGAGCCCGCAUACAACGAAUGGGAAAAGCAAGAGAGGGCUUAUGGUUGGAGUAAUAGCUGGAACGUCGGUUCUAGUUACUGUUUUGGCUAUACUUGCAUAUCUUUUAUGGAGAAGGAAGAGAAAAAACGGCAAUAAAGUGGAGGAAUGUGGAUCUGCUUUGGAGAUUAACAAUGAGUUCGAAAUAGGGGCUAAUACACCUAGAAAAUUUUCUUACCUUGAAUUAGCUCAGUCAACGGCUGACUUUGCAAAGACAGAGAAGCUUGGAGAAGGUGGUUUUGGAGGCGUUUACAAAGGUUUUCUGAAAGAUUUAAACAAGUAUGUUGCGGUUAAAAGGGUGUCUAACACUUCUAAUCAAGGUAUCAAAGAGUAUGCGUCGGAAGUAAGGAUCAUUAGCCGACUGAGGCACAAAAAUUUGGUGCAACUCAAUGGUUGGUGUCAUGAGAAAGGAGAACUCCUGCUUGUCUAUGAGUUUUUGGAAAAUGGAAGCUUAGAUUUACAUCUCUUCAAGAGAAAGAGUUUGUUGACAUGGAGCACCAGAUACAAAAUUGCUCAUGGCCUUGCUUCUGCUUUGCUCUAUUUACAUGAAGAAUGGGAGCAGUACGUCUUGCAUAGAGAUAUCAAAUCAAGUAAUGUGAUGUUGGACUCAAAUUUUAAUGUGAAACUUGGUGAUUUCGGGUUAGCCAAGUUGGUUGACCAUGAGAAUGACGCAGAGACUACAAUGGUUGCUGGAACCAUUGGUUACAUGGCCCCUGAAUAUGUAACGACCGGCAAGGCUAGCAAAGAAUCCGAUGUCUUUAGCUUUGGAGUUGUUGCAUUGGAAAUAGCGUGUGGGAGGAAACCAAUUGACCCACAUGCUGAAGAAAGGAAAACAAAAUUAGUAGAAUGGGUGUGGGAUCUUUAUGGUACUGGGACUCUCCUAGAAGCGGCAGAUCCGAGUCUAGGCUCAAACUUUGUAGAAGAAGAAAUGACGUGUCUGAUGAUCGUUGGAUUAUGGUGUGCGCACCCUGACUCAAAACUACGCCCAUCGAUGAAGCAAGCUAUUCAAGUCUUGAACUCUGAAGCUUCCUUGCCUAUACUCCCAUCACAUAUGCCCUAUGUGACUUACUCUGCACUGCCCCAUUUUUCAUUAUAUGACGCUACUUUCAAGAGUGGCUCUAACAAGCUUUCCUCAAAAAUCUCAUCACCUUCCACAUCUACUUCUUAGGCUAUACGGUAUGGGGGUCGGCCCCGGCCCGUCGCGGGUCGGCGACGGUCCAAACACCGUGCCGCCCCCAUACGUCGCCGUCCUCUCCGUCCCUUUUCGGACGUUCUCGACGAAGCAAAAAGAUGUGGGCCCCCCAUAUGACCGUUUGAAUAUUAAU